CCCUAGAAUCUCUCUCAGCUGUUGGUGUGUUGGUGACGAUGACUAUGGCCAUUAGACGAUUCAGAGCGAAAAAUCUUUGUAAAUUAUCAUAUUCCGAACCAUCAAUUCUCUAUCACCUAAGCAAAGAUCGACCCGCUUACAACUACACCCACAAAUGCAACUAUGUAGAUGUCUACAUGAAAUGGAAGAAGGAUCCUUUCUACGACUCAAUUGAAUCCAUCCACAAGUCCGACGUGUUGAAGCCCUUGAUUUCUCUCAAGAACUGCAUUACCGCCUCUUCCGACGGCUGCAUCCCUAUCUCCGACGUUUCCAAACGUGUAUAUGAAUUAGAUGUUCCUGUUAAGGUCGCUAGAUUCCUCAGACAAUACCCAUCUGUGUUCGAGGAGUUCGUCGGCCCCCAAUACAAUCACCCCUGGUUUCGUCUCACUCCAGAAGCCAUCGAGCUCGAUCGACAAGAGACAGAUAUUUAUAGGACAUUCAAGGCUGACAUUCUUGAAAGGUUGAAGAAGUUCAUUCUGAUGAGCCGCGACAAGAGGCUUCCUUUCAAGAUUAUUAAGGGUUUUCAAUGGUACUUAGGUCUACCCGACGAAUUUCUUCAAAACCCAGAAGAGAAUCUCGACGGUUCUUUUAAGAUUGUGGAAAUAGAAGAUGGAUUGAAGGGAUUAGCGGUUGAAAACGAUGGUAAAAUUCUUUCAACAUUACAGAAAAACGCUAUAAAAAGAGGUUCAUCGGAGACAAUUGCAUUUCCCCUGUUCCCAUCUAAGGGAAUGAGAUUGAGGACUAAGAUUGAAGACUGGCUGAAUGAGUUUCAGAAGCUUCCAUACGUAUCACCAUACGAGGAUUACUCAGACAUGAGAACCGACAGUGAUUUAUCAGAGAAACGAAUUGUGGCUGUUCUUCACGAAUUACAAACUCUGUUUGUGGAAAAUGCUGUUGAGAGGAAGAGAAUACUAUUGCUUAAAAAGUACAUGGGGUUGCCUCAGAAAGUUCAUAAAGCAUAUGAGAGACAUCCCCAUAUAUUCUACUUAUCAUUGAGGAACAAAACCUGCACAGUGAUUCUAAAAGAAGCAUAUCGCGAUAAAUCAGCUAUAGAAGCUCAUCCUCUUUCGAAUGUGAGGAAGAAAUACAUUUCCCUGAUGAAGAAAUCUUAUGUUAUUCUCAAAAGCAGGAGGAUUGAUCACGGUUCUAAUGUUAGUGAGCUUCCAAUGUUAGACCUGGACGAGGGUGAAGAAGACGAGGAAAGAUUGAGUCUACCUUAAUGGUGAACUAUUUUCUUUAGCAAUUGAUGAGAAUAAUAAAUGAAAGUAGUUAGAGAAAUUAAAAGUGAGGUGGAGACACUAGUGUUAAAGGAUCAGGGGAGUUCCGGCAGAGGGGACAGGUGAAGCUCAGUCGAA